GCAAUCGCUCGCCCUGUGCCCACCACGCGAGCGUGGACCCCCACCACCCCCCCCAAUGUGGGCGUCUGCAGGGACGAACUCGCGCCUCUCUCGCCGCAGCUGCGCUCAUCCCGCCGCUAAGCGGACAACGAGAAGUGGCGGGUAGCCGGAGUUGCGCUGCACGAGUGCUGGAACCCCGUGCAUGCGACUCCCCCUUUCUCCGAAGACGUUCGCUGCGCAAGCCCUUCACGUCCGCAGCUCGCGCGGGCUGGAUUAGCGGUGGUAGCUGGAGUGGUGGCGGUGGUGGGUGGUGGGUGGUGGUGGUGGUGGUGAUGAUGAUUCUCGGUACGGUUGUCGGCGGAGGUGGCGGUGGAACGAUGCCGCCACGCAGGGAGCUGCGCUGCUGCCGCCGCCGCUGCUGCUGCUGCAGUCGCUCUUGUGUCCCAACGACUGCCACGCUGCACGUGCUGCUGCUGAUCUUGGCUCGAGUGGCCAUGAGUUUGGACAAUGAACACCUCUACUCACCACUGCUCUAUCUACCUGCAAGAUACGAGCUUCUUCACACGGAGACAUCCUACCUCCUCAAGAGGGUGAACCAGGAAAUUGCAACAAAUGCAAACCUCACAUCCCACUCCCAACCUUUUGUUAUUCUUAAAGCCAAUGGACCGCCAAUCAUGAACGUCAGUUUUGGACCUUUUUCAGCCUCAAAGCCAGUCACGAUUGAUCUCCUACGAACCAGAAACUCUUUUCAGCCUGAUUCAAUUGGCCCGAGGUCCAGCUGGCAACUGCAACCACUUUUAACGGAGGAAAUUAUGUUUUCUGAUAGGCCCAAAGCUCAAGUGAUGUUUUACAUUACUGGAAGAGACUGGCUGGACCCUGACUCGAUGCGGGACCUGCCUUGCAUAAGGCUGCACGUUUUCCAAGAUGCGCAAGAAGUGAGGAGUUCGUGCCAGUUGUCCGGAACCUUGGCAAUGUGCCUAGCGGAGGUUGUGCUUCCAUCGCGGUGGUUUUGGCCUCCCAGCCCUCUGCUGACAUACGCAGAGGUGGAGCUUUACUGUGCCAUGCAGUGGGGUGGCGAGUGCGCAAAAGAGGACAAUACGGAGGUGCAUGCCUGGAAGGCACAAGAGCUGUCAAUCCUGCUACAGAACCUUCGUUGGGUGGGAAAACUGGUGCUGUAUCGGGCACCUGACCUGCCCCCUACUCGCGAGGUAAAGCUGGAUAAUGACGUGGCGAUCCUGCUUCCCAUGAGGCCCUUGAGACCUGAAAACGUCAUCAGCAUUCCCAUCUGCCUCCUGCCGAAUUCCACGGUGGAUCGAUUCACAAUUUGGGCAAAAGGGAAGAAUGGCCUUGGUCUGCUGUCUGUAUUGCCCAGCAACCCAAGCCAGUGGGAGAUCAACUCUGAGAUCAUCAAUAGUGGCAAGCUCUCUGUGGCCACCAUGCAUAUUCUAAGAAAGGAGAGCAGCAUUCCUGACAACACCAUGGGUCGCCGGGAGGUGGCCCUGCUGGAGGUAGAGCUGGAGAAUGGCACAGCUCCACUGCGGCAUUUGCUGUGGCACGUCAGUUACAAUGGACAAGACUCCCAUCCCGAGAGCGAACGCCUGUCGACCGAGAUUGCCGUCAGCCAGCGGGAUAUCCGAGCCCUAGUGCCACUGCCCAUGGCGGAGGAGCUGCUCAACACGGCGGUGCUGACGGGCCGCACCGUGGCGCUGCCGCUGCGAGUGCUCGUCGUGGAGGAGAGCGGCCUCGUGACCGACGUCUCCGAGGAGGCGCAGUGCUACUCGCUCGACGAGGACGUGCUCAAGGUGUCAGCAGGCUGCGAGUACGCGUACGUCAAUGGCAAGGAGAGACAGGGCUCCACGCGGGCUCGCGUUCACGUCAGCUACGAGCACAUGCGCGCCUCCCUGGAUCUGACCGUCUGGAUGCCCAAGCUGCCCCUGCAAAUACAGAUCUCUGACACCAUACUCAACCCCAUCAAGAACUGGCGGGUGCCCAACAUUGGCAAGAGAGGGCCAAUUCCGGAGACUGUCGAAGAUGACAACGAGCCAAAAGGACGCGGCUGCUUCUUGCAAUCCCAGCAUGCCCAGUUGCGAGUGUGGGCUCAAUUCUGCGCUGCCAACCCCGAUAAGUUGGGUCAGCUGACCACGAUGUUGGGUCCCGAUUGGACAGCAGACGUCACACCCCUGGUGCUUGAUCACAUGGCCGUCGAGGACACGAGCAUUGCCCAGCUCCAUGAAGGGAAAGUGCUGAUCGGCAGGGAACCUGGUACUACUGCCAUUCAGGUGCUGUCCCCGCUGUCAGACUCGAUCCUGGGGGAGCGCGCGGUGACGGUGAGCGAGGAGAAGGUCUCCGUGAGCGGGCUGCACGUGACGCUGCUCUCGGGCCUCUCCCUGUCGCUGCGGCCCAGCAGCAGCGAGCCGAGCGUCAUCUUCGCCCGCACCACGGGGCUCAGCAUCUUCACGGCCAGCAAGCAGGAGGCCAUCCUGAUGAUUUGGCUGCAGUACAGCGAUGACACCGUGGUGCCCCUCGACGUGUUCAGCCCACGUGAGUAUCUCCUCACCGUCUCCUCGCUCGACCAAAAAGUGGUGUCCGUCACCGUGCCAGAGGGUGACGCUUGGCCCCAAAUCGUGGCCGAGGGUCAGGGAGAGGGUGGCCUCAUCCGCCUGGAGCUCAUGAUCUGCGAAGCCUGCCAGAAGACUCGGCGGAGGACGACGGUGGUGGCGGCCGUGGCCGAUGUGCACGUUCGCUUCUCUAGGCCGGAGGAGAGUGGCUACAGCGGCAACGAGCAGAGCACCGAAAGCACCAAGGAAGGCGGCGACAUCAUUGACGAGGGCUCCCUGACCUUGAAAGACAUUAUUCCCAAUGGGCUCGGCACGACCACUGAAGCAGGGGUCGGCGUGAAGUCUACCGCUGGAACAAAUAAGAAUCAAAUAAUGAUUGUGCCAAUAGGCAUGGAUAUAAGCCGACCAUCCGCUGACACGGACAUCCCCACAGCCACCGAUUCUGAUCGGGUGGAUGAGGAGCUACAGGCCCAAAAUACACCUGGCCUGUCAGAUCUUCAGAUUGGCAUGUAUGUCCUUCUCAGCGUCUUCUGCCUUGCCAUUCUGGUGUUUCUAAUAAACUGCAUUGUUUUCACCGUAAGGUACAAAAGGAAGCAAUCUCCCCAAAGCCAGGACGAGAUCCUGACACAUUCGCACGAAUGGAUAGAGCUGACCAACCCAAACGCUGACACCGCCGUCCAACCACAGGACAGCAGUGCCGCCGUCCCCAAGCAGGGCAGCUGCUUAGUGAGGGAGGGCAGACGAGGCCGCGGCGUUCUCAAGGACAAGGUCAGCACGGCCAGCACGAGCGGCGGUGGCGGCGGCGGCGGCGGUGGCGGCGGCGGCGGCACGGGCAGAGGCAGGCUGCAGGGGCGGAUGCGGAGGCAGGAGAGGCAGUCGGACAAGAUGCUCGUUAAGGGCGAGCCGGCGGUGAGCUCUCCCACGACGCAGCGCAAGCGCGUGACUUUCACCACCUUCAUGACGGUGCACAGUCCAGUCCACGGAGCCGAGGCGUACAGCUCCCUGCCGCCCUCGAAGGAGCGUGAAAUAGAAUGGAUCUGUUUGGACACAGGCUAUCGGGAACCAGAAAAUCUAAGAAAUUACAUUCAAAGUUUAACCGACACACUGUAGAGAAUAAAUUGCUUAUUGCGUUGUGCGCCCUUGUAAUACAUUUGUAAUUCAAAGGCUAUGUGUUCAUCUUGUUGCAACAUGUAAUUUUAUUUUUACAACUUGCUGGCUUGAUAUUGUAAAGAAUAAUGGUACGUAUAAAAGUCUACAGACAAUUUAUUGAAUAACAACAAUUUCACGACAUUAUGUACGUUCAAAAUAUCUGUGUUUUAGGUUUUUUUCUAAACAGGAAUCGUUGAAAAUUUAAAAAAUUCCAGACUUUUAUGCAGUCAUGGAAGGGAAAAAUGGAAGUCCUUACCUCUUCUAUCAAAGAUUUUGUCACAAAGAUAAAAUUUGUUAAUUUUUAAGGAUUUUUUAACGCAAUGUAUUGCUGCUGAAAAAAAAGUAACAAAUGCGGUAUGCAGCAACAUUUUUAAGUGCGUAACAAGAUUGGUCGUGGAAAAGUUAUGCAUUAGCAAGUGUCUCAGUGCGAUAGUUCUGUGCCUGUGUCAUUGUAGCACGCAGAAUAACAUCCAGCGACAAAUUGUGCGCGAAACUUCCUGAAAAAUGGAUGGCAAUGUCAUUAAUAUUAUUAUCGCACGUUACAGGAAAUGACACGCGUACAAAAGUAAACGUUGAACAGAGACUAAAAGCACUUUAAACAAAAACCACUGAUGUCAACUGCAUGCAUUUGAUAAAGAAAAAAACUUUUGUUGUAAAUAUGUAAAUACAGAACUCUAGAGCAAUUAGAAACCAUUAAUCUUGCUUUUAGCUACUGCUCUUUUUAUUCUAUUUUAUUCUGCCACGAUUGUCAUUUUGAAGCCAAAUACAGUUUGUUAUCAAUGUGAUGUAAAUCUGUGAACGCCACGGAUGGUAGUUGAUAUUCUCUGUACAGGCUUUUGUUUAAUGAAUAAAC